AUGGAAAAUUAUGAAGGGAAGAGAAGAAAGAGGAAUAAGGCAGAGAUGUGGGAGUAUUAUAUAGAUUUUCAUAUUGAGCAAAUAAGAGAUUCGGUGGAUGUUGAGAAGGUUUCUAACGAUCCUGAGUUUAUUAAAGAAAUAUGUGAAAAUUAUAUAGAUAUUGAUAAGAUAUAAAAAAAACAGUUUUAGAACUCAAAAAUAUUGAAGACCAAUGUGAUAGAACAAAUGAUGCUCGCAAUAAAUAUGAAAAGCUUGUGAGAGAAAGAGACAAUGUUGGUGUUAACUUGAUAAGAAAAUUGAGUUUUGGGGUGAUUAAAGUAGGAAGAACAGAAGAGAAAAAGUUAGAGGAUUUCGACUUGGAGCAUGGAGAAGAGAUAAAAAUGCUGAAGAAAGCAUUUGAGAAAGAGAAUGCUAAGAAUGAAAAUAUGAUCGAUAAUGCAAUUUUGAAAAAGAUCGACCAGGAAGUUAAGAGGAAUGUAGAUGGUUUCAAAGAAGAUAAGAUCUUUCAGAGGAUGAAAGAGCAGGUGAAGAAUAUAUAACUGAAGCCUCUUAUAAGAUAAGGUUCAACUGGGAUCCUAAAGAAUCAAGGAUGGGAAUGACCUUCCUUUUGGUUGAUAAGAACGAUGACGUUGACAAAAUAAGAGAAAAGUUUUUUGAUAAUGCAAUAAAAAAUCCAGUAAAUCGAAGUUUAGCAGAUUUGAUUGAUGAAAGUUGAGAAGAAGUGUGAUUUGCCUUAGACCCACAGCUGCAGCAAGAGAGCAAAGAGUUUCUCGAGCAAACUAAAGUCCAACACUUCAUCGACCUCAUUAAGAUGUGAGAUCUCCCGAAGGUUGAUACAAUUAUAUUGCAGAACUUUUAUUUUAAAGAUGAAGAAUUAGAUCAGAUUCUGGGUACUGUUAUUUGCUCUCCAUUUGAAAGAUUAGUAUUCAAAUAACUGUUGAUUUCUAAAAGGGCAACAAACAGAACAGGAGUUAACAGUUAACCUAGUUCUUCCAUCUUGAAUUGGAUCAGCUGGCUUUCAAAAAAUUGAUGAAGAAACAUUAGAUGAGUCAAGAGAAAGUAAAAGAGAAGAAGAAAAACAACAUGAUACAGAAAGAGGAAUUUCAAUUAUGAAUAAUGAUGCUCAAGAAGGGCAAACCCCUCCCAAAGAUUAUAUCAACAAAUACCUGAAGAUAAAGCUACCUAGUUUACAAAAAGAAAAUAAGAUUGAGCAGCCAUCUCCUCAUCCAACUAAAAAGAGACCUUUAUAUAGUCUGUCUUUCAUUGGGUGAUUUACACCAGAAUCAGCUUAUUACUCUUUGAAAGAUGGACAGAGUAUUGACCCCAACUACUUUAAACACCAUGUUGCUGCAUCCUGCGCAGAAACCAUCCUCCUAGACCAACUCUCACUGACCAAUAAAAUCAACAAAAUCCUUCACAAAAUCAGUACAAUCUCUCUACUCAACCCUAUGUACAAGAAAAGAGGCCUUGUGUCGCUGACUCUGAAGAACUGCUAUCUUCCAGAGGAUGAUUAUGGUAAGCUUGGCUCAUGUUUUAAGAAAAAGUGGGCUGGUUUAGAGACUUUCCUUGCCUUUGAUGAUGAGAAGUAAGAAUUUUGGGUGAUGGAGAUGGUAAUUGGACAAUGAUAAGGUUUUAAGUUUCAAU